AUGUCCGCCGCCCUGUCUCUCGUCCUCUCGGGCCUUCUGCUGGCACCCUCCGUCGCCGCUCAGUCAUAUGAAGCUGGCGGCCGGUCUGAAGAUGCCUUCAGUUGGGUCCAGCCUCUGAACACCACCAUCCUCGGCCCCUAUGGCCAUUCCGAGGCCGUCUACCCCUCCCCAUCAAAGCUGACACUGGGUGAAGCCAAAAUCAACGGCAACGGUUGGGAGGAUGCCCUGGCCAAGGCUCGUGCUUUCGUGGCCGAGCUGACGGUCGAGGAGAAGGCCGACAUGGUCACCGGCCAGCCCGGCCCCUGUGUCGGCAACAUCGUCGCCGUCCCGCGCCUCGGCUUCCAGGGCCUCUGCCUCCAGGACGGCCCUCUGUCCAUCCGCGUGGCCGACUACGCCAGCGUCUUCUCGGCCGGUGUCUCGGCCGCGUCCACCUGGGACAAGGACAUCCUGUACGAGAGAGGUCUCGCCAUGGGCAAGGAGUUCAAGGCCAAGGGUGCCCACGUUGCCCUCAGCCCCGUCGCCGGCCCCCUCGGAAGAAGCGCCUACUCGGGCCGCAACUGGGAGGGCUUCUCCCCUGACCCCUACCUCACCGGUGUCGCCAUGUACCAGACCAUCGUCGGACACCAGGACGCCGGUGUCCAGGCGACGGCCAAGCACUGGCUGCUCAACGAGCAGGAGAUCAUGCGCAACCCGACCUUUGUGGUCAACGGCACCGCCACCGAAAUCGAGGAGCAGGCGCUGUCGUCCAACGUCGACGACCGCACCGUCCACGAGAUCUACAUGUGGCCCUUCGCCGACGCCGUCAAGGCCCGCGCGUCGUCCUUCAUGUGCGCCUACCAGCGCAUCAACGGAUCCUACGCGUGCCAGAACAGCAAGGCGCUCAACGGCCUGCUCAAGACGGAGUUGGGCUUCGACGGCUACGUCAUGUCUGACUGGGGAGCUACUCACACUGGUGUUGCUGCCAUCGAGGCUGGUCUUGAUAUGGACAUGCCUGGUGGUCUCGGCGGCUACGGCAUGAACUGGAAGGCCGGCUCGUUCUUCGGCGGCAACGUCACCAAGGCGGUCAACAACGGCACCCUCGACGUCGCACGCGUCGACGACAUGAUCGUCCGCAUCAUGACCCCCUACUACUGGCUCGGCCAGGACAAGGACUUCCCCAGCGUCGACCCCUCGACCGGCGACCUCAACACCUUCUCGCCCAAGUCGACCUGGGUCCGCGAGUUCAACUUGACGGGCGAGCGCAGCCGCGACGUGCGCGCCGACCACGGCGAGCUGAUCCGCAAGCACGGCGCCGCCGCCACCGUCCUGCUCAAGAACGAGAACAAGGCGCUGCCCCUCAAGGCGCCCAAGUCCAUCGCCGUCUUCGGCAACGACGCCGGCGAGGACACCCAGGGCUUCUACAACCAGGACGACUUCGAGUACGGCACCCUCACCGCCGGCGGCGGCUCCGGCACCGGCCGCCUGACCUACCUCGUCACGCCGCUCGAGGCCAUCAAGGCGCGCGCCCGCCAGGACGGCGCCCUCGUCCAGCAGUGGCUCAACAACACGCUCAUCAUCGAGUCCAACAUCACCGACCUCUGGGUGCCCAACGUCCCCGACGUCUGCCUCGUCUUCCUCAAGACCUGGGCCGAGGAGGCCGCCGACCGCCAGCACCUCGACGUGGACUGGCACGGCAACGCCGUCGUCGAGAACGUCGCCCGCAACUGCAACAACACCGUCGUCGUCACCCACUCGUCCGGCAUCAACACCCUCCCCUGGGCCGACCACCCCAACGUCACCGCCAUCCUCGCCGCCCACUACCCCGGCCAGGAGUCCGGCAACUCCCUCGUCGACGUCCUCUACGGCGACGUCAACCCCUCCGCCCGCCUGCCCUACACCAUCGCCCUCAACGGCACCGACUACAACGCGCCGCCCACGACCGGCAUCAACACCACCGGCUGGUACGACUGGCAGAGCUGGUUCGACGAGAAGCUCGAGAUCGACUACCGCCACUUCGACGCCCACAACAUCUCGGUCCGCUACGAGUUCGGCUUCGGCCUGAGCUACACCACCUUUGAGCUCGGCGACCUGGCCGCCGAGCCCGUCGUCGAGGGCAUCACCACCGUCCCCGAGCAGCGCCCCGUCGAGCCCGGCGGCAACCCGGCCCUCUGGGACACCAUCUACAACGCCACCGUCCCCGUCACCAACUCGGGCGACGUCGAGGGCGCCGCCGUGCCCCAGCUCUACGUCAGCUUCCCCGCCGACACCACGCCCGCCGGCACGCCCCCGAGGCAGCUCCGCGGCUUCGAGAAGGUGCCCCUGGCCGUCGGCGAGACCAAGACGGUCGGCUUCGCGCUGAGGCGCCGCGACCUGAGCUACUGGGACGUCGUCUCGCAGGACUGGCUCAUCCCGGCCGGCGAGUUCACGCUCAGCGUCGGCUGGAGCAGCAGGGACCUCAAGGCUUUCACCAAGAUCACCCCGGUGCAGGCGUAA